AUUCCAAGUACUGGCAAUAUUGUCCGACUGCUAUACACAGGAAAACGAAAAGGUUGAUUGGUCGUGUCUGCAGAUAUCAUGGCGCCCUGACGUCUUCAUGAGAGUUUUGUUUUUCAGCGAUUAAGUAUGCAGAAAUGUGUUAACCGUUGGUCACAAACAGAAAGAUAUCUUCCGAUUUUAUGAGAUUUGCCGCAGUUUUUCUUCGAAGUAUUAGAGGUGUCUCGACUCUGAGCGUCAAAAUGAGUGAUACAGCUGUGAAGAGAGUGGUGAGUAACAUCAUUCGCUCUCCAGAGGACAAGCGAGAAUAUCGAGGACUUGAGUUCAUUAAUGGCCUGAAAGCUGUUCUGAUCAGUGACCCGACCACUGACAAAUCAUCUGCUGCGCUGGACGUCCACAUAGGUUCCUUGUCAGAUCCUGAAAACAUUUCAGGCCUGGCCCACUUCUGCGAGCACAUGCUGUUUCUAGGCACGGAGAAGUACCCCAAAGAGAAUGAGUACAGCCAAUUCCUGAGCGAGCACGCUGGCAGUUCUAACGCCUUCACCAGCGGAGAGCACACCAAUUACUACUUUGAUGUGUCCCAUGAGCACCUGGAAGGUGCAUUGGACAGGUUCGCUCAGUUCUUCCUCUGUCCUCUUUUUGAUGAGAGCUGUAAGGACCGAGAGGUGAACGCGGUGGACUCUGAACAUGAGAAGAAUGUCAUGAAUGACGCUUGGCGCCUGUUUCAACUGGAGAAAGCUACAGGGAACCCCAAACACCCCUUUAGUAAAUUUGGCACUGGCAAUAAGUUAACACUUGAGACGAGGCCAUCUCAACAGGGCAUCGACGUCCGUGAGGAGCUGCUCAAAUUUCACUCUACCUAUUACUCAUCAAACCUGAUGGGACUGUGUGUGCUGGGCAGAGAGUCAUUGGAGGACUUGACGUCUAUGGUGGUGAAGCUUUUCGGAGAGGUUGAGAAUAAGAAUGUUCCUCUCCCAGAUUUUCCCACAAACCCGUUUCAGGAGGAACACCUGAGGCAAUUUUAUAAAGUCGUGCCUAUCAAGGACAUCAGAAACCUGUAUGUGACCUUCCCCAUCCCAGACCUACAGAAGUACUACAAGUCUAACCCGGGUCAUUAUCUUGGCCAUCUGAUUGGUCACGAAGGCCCAGGGAGUCUUCUUUCUGAACUCAAAUCUAAAGGAUGGGUGAACACGCUUGUCGGAGGUCAGAAGGAAGGAGCCAGAGGAUUCAUGUUUUUUAUUAUUAAUGUGGACCUGACAGAAGAGGGACUGUUGCAUGUGGAGGAUAUCAUCUUUCACAUGUUCCAGUAUAUUCAAAAGCUGCGGACAGAGGGCCCUCAGGAAUGGGUCUUUCAGGAGUGUAAGGAUUUGAACACUGUGGCAUUUAGAUUUAAGGACAAGGAGCGUCCACGUGGAUACACGUCUAAAGUGGCUGGUCUUCUGCAUUAUUAUCCGCUGGAGGAGGUGUUAGCAGCUGAAUAUUUGCUGGAAGAGUUCAGGCCAGAUCUCAUAGAGAUGGUGCUGGAUAAACUGAGACCAGAGAAUUUCCGGGUUGCUGUUGUCUCCAAAUCGUUUGAAGGACAGACCGACAAGACGGAGGAGUGGUACGGCACACAGUACAAACAGGAGGCCAUUUCUGAUGAAGUCAUUAAGAAAUGGCAAAAUGCAGACCUCAAUGGAAAGUUCAAACUGCCAAUGAAGAAUGAAUUUAUUCCCACCAACUUUGAGAUCUACCCUCUUGAAAAGGAUUCCCCUUCCACCCCCACUUUGAUUAAGGACACGGCAAUGAGCAAAAUUUGGUUUAAGCAAGAUGACAAGUUUUUUCUGCCCAAGGCUUGUUUAAACUUUGAGUUCUUUAGUCGCUAUCUUUACACAGACCCGCAGCACUGCAACAUGACUUACCUGUUUCUCAGAUUGUUGAAGGAUGAUUUGAGAGAGUAUACAUAUGCAGCCCGUCUGGCAGGGUUGGUCUAUGGCAUUUCCUCGGGAAUGAAUGCCAUCCUUCUGUCAGUGAAGGGUUACAAUGACAAACAGCACAUCCUCCUGAAGAAGAUCAUCGAGAAGAUGACCACGUUCGAGAUCGACGAGAAACGCUUUGAUAUCAUUAAGGAAGCGUACAUGAGGUCUCUGAAUAACUUCCGUGCCGAGCAGCCCCACCAGCACGCCAUGUAUUAUCUGCGACUGCUCAUGACCGAGGUGGCCUGGACCAAAGAUGAACUCAGAGAUGCUUUGGAUGAUGUGACGCUGCCUCGACUCAAGGCGUUCAUACCUCAGCUGUUGUCACGGUUACACAUUGAAGUCCUGCUGCACGGCAACAUCACCAAACAGUCUGCUCUGGGCAUGAUUCAGAUGCUGGAGGACACUCUCAUUGAGCACGCUCACACUAAGCCCCUCCUACCGAGUCAGCUGAUUCGCUACAGGGAAGUGCAGGUUCCGGAUGGUGGUUGGUAUGUUUACCAGCAGAGAAACGAGGUGCAUAAUAACUGCGGCAUCGAGAUCUACUAUCAGACUGAUAUGCAGAACACUCAUGAGAACAUGCUGCUGGAGCUCUUCUGUCAGAUCAUCUCGGAGCCCUGCUUCAACACGCUACGCACCAAAGAACAGCUGGGUUACAUAGUGUUCAGUGGCCCCCGCCGGGCCAGCGGUGUGCAGGGUCUGCGUUUUAUCAUCCAGUCUGAGAAAGCACCUCAUUACCUGGAGUCUCGCGUGGAGGCAUUUCUCAAAACCAUGGAGAAAAGCUUGGAGGAGAUGGGAGAUGAAGCGUAUGAGAAACACAUUCAGGCCCUGGCCAUCCGCCGUCUGGACAAACCUAAGAAGCUGGCCGCCGAGUGUGCCAAAUACUGGGGAGAGAUCAUCUCCCAGCAGUAUAAUUUUGACAGGGAUAACACCGAAGUGGCUUUCCUGAAGACAUUGACUAAAGAACUCAUUAUGCAGUUUUAUAGGGACCUGUUGGCCAUCGAUGCCCCCAGAAGACACAAGGUGUCUGUACACGUGCUGUCCAGAGAGAUGGAGUCUUGUCCACCGGUGGGGGAGUUUCCAGCUCAGAAUGAUGUGAACCUGGCUCCUGCCCCCUCACUUCCUCAGCCGUCUGUGGUUGAGGACAUGACUGAUUUUAAAAGGAGUUUACCGCUGUUCCCUCUCACCAAACCUCACAUCAACUUCAUGGCUGCCAAACUGUGACCAGCAUCAUGGGACCGUCGGAGACGGCAAACAUCAUCUGCAGCCAGGAACAUCUCUGUCUAUCUGUGUGCGCAGAUGAGCGUGUGUGUGUGUUUGUGUGUGCAGACAGGGACGUUAUAGUGCUUUUAGCAUUUAAGUGUGUUCUGCGUCAUCUAAUAGAUAAAAAGAAAACCUGAUGAGAAGACGUCGGGAAAAUCUUGUCACUUCUGUGUGUCCCUAUUAUAAUAUAGGAGUUACACGCUGGUCACGGUGACACGCUGGUUCAUCAUGUCUUUUUAAAGAAUGCAGUGUCAUUUCCUCAUCGUACCAUCGCUGAAAGAGAGUGACUAUCACAACGAACACAUACAGGCCUUAAUAUGAUUUUAAUCUGUGAUCACGAUUUCUGAAACCCUUUUUUAAGUCUAAUUUAAUUUAAAUCCUUUGUUUUUAAGCCGAGAGCAUGUUGACAGAGUUUUAUCUUAAGGAUUGUGUUGUAAGUUCAUCAAGGUGGUUGAUUUAUUGAUUUGGUUUAAAUUUUUAUUUGUGGCUGAACGAAUAUCAUAAUAAAGCAGUUUUAAUAGCAUUUGUUUAUUUAUUUUAAAUAACUUCAUCCUUUGGAUUCUAAUGAUCUUGAAACCUUUGUUUUUUUAGUUGCCCUAGAUGUCCCUCAGCUCAAGCUUUAUUUCUGGGUUUUAUUCAUCAAACACAAGCAGAAUGUAUGAAAAAAAAUGUAUUCAUCCAAAUCUGCUUAGGGUUUUUCAUACAUUUGUUCAGCUCACGUUUCUUGCAUAAGACCCAUUUGCUUAGAUGUUUCAUAUGUGCAGAAUUCUGACGCAUCUACAAAAGCAAUCCGGAGAAACCGACCAAGUCCGGCUCACGUUUAAGUCUGAAGUUUCAGUCUCGCGCUUAAAGGGACAUUUCACCCCAAAAUGAAAAUUCUGUCACAAAUUAUUCACCCUCAAGUUGUUCCAAACAUCUAGAAAUGUCUUUGUUUGGUUGAACACUGAGAAAGGUAUUUGCAAGAAUGUUAGCAAAAGGAUUUCUUGGGCACGAUUUCUUCUACUGUGCUGGUCAAUGGUGACCCAGAAAUCUCAGUUGCUUACAUUUUUCCAAAUAUCUUUGUGUAACCAAAAAUCAAAAUUUCGACAGGUUUGUGUCAACCCGAGGGUGAAUAAUUCAUAACAGAAUUUUCAUUUUGGGGCUUACUGUCCCUUUAAAAUUCCCUUUAACUGGGUUUCUUACAGAUGUCUUGUGAUUAUGCACUUCUCGCAAGCAAUAAUGUGAUUUACAGGACCUAUGACUAGUGUCUUCAACUCUUGGGCAUUUUUCUGAACGUAGUUAAAGCGACACAGAGACUGAGUUUAGUCUGUGCUCAGAAACGCCUGGUGUGAGGUGUCUGCUCUCAUCUGAAGCUAGCGUGUAGUUGUGUAGUCUGUGCCGGUGUUGUAAUUUCACGUGUCCUCAUUUCUCAGGUGUCUUGUUGGCCUCUAUGGCUCAAACCUUCACCACCACCUUUGUUUCUACUGCUUAGAUUUUUUCUGGACUUACUCAGGCAUAUCAAAUCCACUGUAAUGCUGCAUUUGUAAUGACCGCGUAAUAACCUCCAUCGGAAUAGUUUCCUGCGCUUUUAAAAGAAUAUAUCAAACAUGAGGAUGUUAGAUGAGUUUGGGGGUUUACCAAUAUGAUCGAUUUACUCAGGCGUCUUGUUGAAUCGCUUUCUCUUUGUGUGUGUUAGUUUCUAAUUGUAAAGGAGAACUUCAUUUUAUUCAUCUUGAUGAUGUUUCAAACCCACAUGGCAAAUGGUUUCACAGCUCUUGUCAUUCCAAACCUGUAUUACUUUCUUCUGACGGAAACAAACAUAUAUUUUAAAGAAUGUUUGUAACCAAACAAAGUUUGACGUCAUUGACCUCAAAUGUGUGGACACAAAACCACAAAGACAAUUCUCAAAAUAUCAAAAAGAUCAUAAAGGGUUUGAAUGACAUGAGGGUAAUUAAAUGAAGUGAAGAAUCAUGUGAGGUUGGAACGGCAUAAAUGACCGUUUUUUUUUUUUUUUUUUCAGUGAGCUGUUCUUUUAAAACCCAAAGAUGCAUUUCACAUGUGCACCUUAAUCCCUUUAACUGUUCUAGAAUCAGCUCAAAUUAGGUCUAUGCCAUAGAUACUAAACAAAUGUCACGUAAUGUUGAUGAAGAAUAGACCAUUAGUGAAAAGAAUUCAUUGAGGCCAGGUUAUAUGAGGGACACGAGUGUCCCAUGCUUGGGAUCAACAUGAGAUAAAACAGAAAUGUAUCGGGCUGUUGUCAUGAGGUAGAGACAUUUUUUCAGUUGAAUUCUCGCACCGAUUGUAUCGCAUUUGUUUUUUGGGUGGUUUUAGUGCAACUUGGGGUGUGGUACUGAUGCGAAGGCGGUGUUGUGUGUAUCUGUAAGAGAGUUUUUUUUUAUUAUUAUAAAUAAACACUUGUUGAUCUUA